AUGGAUAAGAGUUUUGAUUUGGUUUCAUUAUUGAAGAAUAAUGAGAAGAAGCAUAUGCACAAACCUAGACCUACACAAAUUCUGAGCAUAGCUGGCGGGGUUCAAAAGCGCUUAGAAAGGAAUAUUAAACAUCGAAAAAGUAGUAGACUGUCUGCUUUUGACAGUAUCCGAAACUUAUCUAAAUGUGAAGUGCCUGACCCAAUAUCUGAGAGUCAGAAAGAGGUGGAACACAGAAGAAUGUCGUUGGAGAAAUGGAAAGAAGAAAAAGAAAAAAGAAAGAAGCUGUUGCACACAAGAAGAAACCGUUUGUUGCUUGCAUUGUGCACCCUCCAUUAA